AUGCAUGCCAGACUUCUGAUAUUCCUCAUCUCCUCGCUCCACGCCUGGGCACUAUGCCCGACGAAAUGCACAUGCUAUCUGGACCAGAAAGGCAGAAUAUCCGUCUCCUGCAAAGAAGGGGGUAUGGUCGGUCCCCUCAACCUCAACAACGUCAGCCUCGACACGGAGGUGAUCAAAAUCACGGCUCCGGAUGACAACACGAACGCUCUAACAAUGAGCCCGGUGUUCCAGAGCUACCGGAAGCUGGAGGAGAUCCACAUCACCAAGUCCAACGUGCCCCAGCUCGGCAUGCACUUCUUCUACGGCUUGACAAAGCUUGACGUGUUGAACCUGAGCCAGAAUAACAUCACUCAGCCGCUGGACCACAACUUCAGGGGGCUGUCGAAGCUCAAGGAGCUCUACUUGGAUGAUAAUCGGAUCAUCUCGUUGCCCAGCGGGACUUUUCGGCAUCUGCAUGAGCUGAAAGUGCUGUCGGUGCAGAGGAAUAGGAUUGAGGAGUUGACGCCAAGGAUUUUCUUGGAGAUCAGUAAGCUGAGAGUGUUGAAGCUCAGCGGAAAUAAUCUAAGGGAGCUGAACCCGGAAGUUUUCAGAGAUGUACAGGAACUGAAAUUCCUAGAAUGCCGUGGAUGUGCCUUGACCCGACUAAACAAUGAAAUAUAUCACUUGUUACCCCAAUUAUCUCACCUGGACCUAGGAGAUAACGAAAUUAGAAUGCUACCGUCCGAAGAACUAAAAGAACUAUCUAAUCUCAAAUAUUUCAAACUCGAUGGUAACUUAAUCAGUGCUAUAUUAGAUUCUACGUUCGAUCACCAGUCAAUGUUGAAGAAACUCAACCUAGCACGAAACCAUUUCACGAAAAUCUCGGACGGAGCAUUCAAAAACUUGCAGAAUCUCACGGAUCUAGAUCUGAGCUACAACAAGAUUGAUCAGCUGGAUUUCCUGAAGCCGGUUGCAGAAACCUUGGAAGUGCUUCACCUGAGUGGAAAUCACCUGAAGCUCAGAGCUACGAGAAUUCUGUCGAGUUUGGAUCAGUUAAAAGAGUUGAGGCUGGGAGAAUGCGGGUUGGUUAGCGUAGAAUCCGAUAUAUUCCCGCAAAGUUUGAGUAUUCUGGACCUCAGCGGAAAUCAUUUGUCGUCUUUGUCCAAGGAGUUUCUACCCCAGCAUUUAGCUGAACUCGAUUUAUCCAGGAACAGAUUCCGUGGACUGGAUGAAGAACUUCUGGUAGCUAUCGAGAACGUUCCGACUCUGAAGUUAGAUGAUAACUUGUGGUCCUGUGAUUUGUGUUACAUCAUUCCGCUGUUGGAGCGAGUUAAUCGGAGCAUCGUCUUCCGCGAAAUAGUGUGUUCAGCUCCGUAUAUAGUGAAAGGAAAGAAGCUGGAGAUGAUCUGCAGACAUGAACUGACGUGGUGUUCUUCUCCAAGCUACACAGUGAGUGAUGCUAAUUUCUUUCUGAUUGGAGAAGACGGUAAAGUAGGCAUCAUAGCAGCGGGGGCCUCGGUGUUUCUUCUCGUUCUCACUGUUUUCGCGAUAAUUGGGGCGCUUUGCUACUCUCGGCGUCACGCUGCCAAAUAUUAUACUCACGAGGACAAGUUGGCGAUUGAAGGUGAAUCGAUUUUCGACAGAAAUCACAGUCCUUUAUUCUGCGACGGAGAGCUUAGUUUCAAAUUUCCGUUGGAUGCAGGCGGGGAGAAGAAGAUUUCCAUCGCGACUAUCGACGAGAUAAAAAAAGAGCAUGGGAUCACUAAUGGAACUUGA